CGUUGGGUUGGAUGACCAAUCGGAAGGCGCUGCCCUUUCGAGACUAACCAUUUUACUUGUAGUGUCUGCAUCAAGUCUGGAAGCAAGGGCUCAAUUUUAACAGAAUCCACCUUAAAAUCUCUCCCUUAACUUAUGCCUACCUUCCGCCACUUUGAGUGAGAAUAUCACGGGACGAGGGGGAAAUAAAGGCGCCGGUGGAAAACCCCGGUGUUAAUAGGACAAUAUCUGUUUCGUGGCGGAGAGGGGAGAGAGACAACAACACAGCGAGGGAGAGAAAACCGAUUUGGUCUUGAGAGAGAGGGGGGUGAGUGCUCUCAAGGCAGAAAAUUCGAUGAUGACCAUGACUACGAUGGCUGACGGUCUGGACGCUCAGGACUCGUCCAAGUCUGCUUUCAUGGAGUUUGGGCAGCAGUCGCAGUCGCAGCAGAGCUCCCCGUCGAUGGCCGGCGGCCACUACCCGCUGCACUGUCUCCACUCCGGCUCUCACGCUCACCACCAGCACGACAACACCCCGUACCCUGGGACCAACACCUACAACAGGUCUUUACCGUACCCGUACGUGAGCCACCCGCACCACAGCCCUUACCUGCCAUCGUAUCCGAACAACACGGGAGGACAGUCAAGGUUAGACGGCACAGAGCAGCAGAAAACGACGGUGAUAGAAAAUGGGGAAAUUCGUUUUAAUGGGAAAGGCAAGAAGAUCCGCAAACCUCGGACAAUUUAUUCCAGUUUGCAGCUUCAAGCGCUGAACCACCGUUUCCAGCAAACACAGUACCUCGCUUUACCGGAGCGCGCCGAGCUGGCUGCCUCUCUGGGACUCACACAAACCCAGGUAAAGAUCUGGUUCCAGAAUAAGAGGUCAAAGUUCAAGAAGCUGCUCAAGCAAGGCGGCAACCCGCACGAGAACGACCCCAUCCCGGGCUCCAUGUCCCUCUCCCCGCGCUCCCCGACCAUCCCUCCGAUCUGGGACGUCUCGGCCUCAUCCAAAGGUGUAAACAUGCCGGCCAACAGCUACAUGCCCGGCUACUCUCACUGGUAUUCCUCCCCACAUCAAGAUUCAAUGCAGAGAUAGGCUGAGGACGGACGACGAGGCAUGCAGGAGGGUCGGCGAGCCGUGCGGAGGCCUGGGUAUCUCCGCCAUGCAGUUUCCAACGUAGCCUACAAUUUGUGUCAGCGCAGAGAAUUGGGUGCUGGAGAGGAGACAGAAAAUAAAAAAAAACCUCCGCUGCGUCUCGGCUUCAGGAUCAACCGCAGCCAAGCCUCGGUGCGGCGACACAACCAGGGGGAACUAACAGUUUUUUUCUUUCCCCCAGCGUAACAUGGCUGCUCAGUGGACUCGCAUAUUUGUUAUGCUAUCAUUCAUGUCAACAUCUGAACGUCAAUAUACCAAAUAUUACCAGUGACAUUUUUAGCCACUUUUGGGCAAGGACUGCUGACCCUCUCCGUGCGCUGUGACGCACAGAGCCUCUCGCCAUGGUGGACUCCUGACUGCUUUUCCCUUUUUGUUUUUGGUUGUUUCUCCAACAUGCAAAACCAAGCAAAUUGUCUGUCUGUAAAUAUAAUCUGCCAAUUCAGUUGUACAUACACUUUUUAUGUU